AUGACGAUGAUGAACACCACACUAAUCGAAGCUCAGAGUUCCAACUCGUGUGAUGCUCAUAGUUAUCUCGUUACGCAAGGUGUAACAGGUUCGCCUCCGGACUUUGUGACCCCUCCGGCUUCUCCCUUGCGGCAAUAUGUGCAGCAGCAGAACCUAACCCCUAAUAUUGUUUUUCCUGGAAAAGGAAUCCGCUUUCAGUUUAAUUUUAACAACCUGCGAGACUUUUCUUGGCUGCGCUUAACGCUUGGUGUUGUUGUUGUAGCCACAUUUGCAGGUGGCGAUCCCCGUCAAGCUUUUAUAGGCGAGCAAGCUCGUUCCGGUCGCCGCUGGAAAAGAAUGGCCAUUUAUUCUUUAAAGGCGCCAAUAUCUCGCUUUGUCGUAUCGAGCAUCUUAGGAAAUCACAUUUCUGAAGAUCUUGACGGGAAUAAAAAAAUCUGGAUAGAUGGCGGCACUCAUGCACGAGAAUGGAUUUCACCAGCCACCGUCACCUACAUCAUACACCAGCUUACUAGCGAUUGGGAAAAUCAACCCGAUUAUAUACGAAAUAAAUCUUGGUAUUUUAUGCCUAUGAUAAAUCCAGAUGGCUAUAUGUAUAGUCGCAGCAAAAAUCGUCUGUGGCGUAAAAAUCGUAACCCCCACAAAACCUCCACGUGUGUGGGUGUAGAUCUUAAUCGCAAUUUCAACACUGGUUGGAAAACCAGAGGUUCAUCUUCGAAUCCUUGCUAUGAUACAUAUCAUGGCCCAUCUGCCAGUUCCGAGAAGGAGACCCAAGCUGUGGUUGAAUUUGUAAAAGAUAUAAAUGACAAUCUAGAAGCAUUCUUAACCUUUCACAGUUAUAGUCAAGCUUUUAUAUAUCCAUUUGGAUAUAAAGCGGCUAAGAGUAAACAUGCCAGCACUUUGCAAAGAAUUGGUAAUGCAGCUGCUCGCCUUAUAAGAAAUAAAACUGGCAGAACUUAUGAUGUUGGAGCUACGUAUAAGAUAUUGGGUUUAGCUGGUGGUGGUGCAGAUGAUUGGGCAUAUGAGGAGUUGGAUGUAAAAUAUGUCUAUACCGUUGAAUUGAGGGAUCGUGGAUACUAUGGCUUUGUUUUGCCCCCAAAACAAAUUGCAGGAGCAGCUUUAGAAGGUUAUAUUUUUGCAAAAGAAGUUGCAAAAGAAUUUUGAGGUGACUAGUAUUGUACAUUAAGUUAUUUACAUAAGUUUUAUUACUUUAAA